AUGUCGUUUUUGGGCGACCUUUUCAGUUGUGGUCGGGCGAGACGGACGCGUGAGACGUCAACAGAGCCGCUUGAAACAAACGACGCGACGCCCGAGCCCAGCAACGCGCAUGGAACUACUGCAACCACCCUUCACCCCACGAUUGAGAAGCCGAGCGACAUCACCGCGCCCAAUGAAGACCGUUUUGAGCGCGCCGCGAAUCCAGUGAGCGCAAGUGUACGGUCUAGUGUUGAGAGUCGCGGCAGCAAGAACGAUGAUGUCGAGCUGGCUGUCAUUUCGGAGAAGUCGAAACCAAGUGCAGGAUGGAUGGUCGAACAGAGGGUCCUAGUCACAGCUACAUCCGCCACAAAGCAAGACACAUCGUCAGUAGCCGAGGAGCAGGAGCCUUCGCAGCAACUCGACCAAAAGCACGAGGAACACCAUGCUCGUGCAGUCACCCCGCCUGUUCGCUGCGCCACCCCUGAACAGGAGCCAUGGAACUCGACUCCCGUCGCCUAUACCCAAGUCGAGCCUGAAGUCCACGACAUUGCCGCCGCUGCGCCUGUGCGAUGUGCGACACCUGAACCAGAAACCCGUGCGAUCACCCCCGAGCAGCAACCCGAACCGAGUACCCCGUCUGUACACGAUGAGACACCAGAACUGGCUAUCGAUGAAGUCACAUCCACCAGUUCCGACGUUGACGAUGUUGUUGAAGACAUCCCGGCACCCAAGAAGACCGCACCACUUUGCUUCCUCGACAUGCCGCCAGAGAUAAGGAACCGCAUCUACGAGCGCAUGAGCGAGGAGGUGCCCAUCAGGAUGUGCCGUCACGAUGAUCCGGCACUGGUCCAACGCGAAGGCGAAGCCACCCCGACCAAGCGGAGACAAUACUACAACCUUACGCAGGUAUGCCACCAGCUUCGCGAGGAGUUCCUACCGAUAUACGCGGAGAAGGCACACUACAUCAUCGACCUGUGGAGCCAGAAGUCGAACCUGGUCAAGAUUGAUUCGCUCAAGGGCCAUGUCUCUUUGGACAUCGAUGCUGCGUGCUUCGACAUGGAGCCCAUUGACCUGUUGCCGCUCAUCCGAUGCCUUGUCCGCACGCGUCGCACCGAUUGUCGUUUCACCUCCACAGAGGGAGUUGUCUUCCGCAGCAUCUCUGAGAUCGUCGGCGAGCUUAACAAGCUGCUACCAAACCCUGCCAACAGCAACCAAAGCUGGCUUACCGCAGUCAACGGGCCGAUGAAGAGGAUCGACUUGCACCUGUUUCCCCACGACGACAUCCGACAAUACUACCGAUUCCGUGGUGCCGAGCCCCUGCUGCGCGUAGUCUACCCAUCGGCCGUGAGUGAGGAGUGGAUGAAGCGGGCCUCCAAGUCUGAGGGAUACGAAGCGUACUUGCAAAAGACUGGAUUGGACAAGUUCGAGAUGCACGUCGUUAUCGGCCACGCUUCUCGACGGACUACAAAUGAAGGUCGCCUGCCGCUUGAUUGGCGCAUGAGCUACCAGCUAUCGAGGCACUCCAUUGACAGCCGCGCUCCCCGCAUGUCUAUGGAUAUCGCAGCUGCUCGCAUGUCCAUCGACAGGGCGCCUCGCAUGUCAUAA